UAAUAAUAAGUGUAAAGAGAGUGAACAAAGAAGAGUUUUUUUAAUAAAUAAUUUUACUUAUGAAUCGAAUGCAUCACCACAAUAAUAAUAAAUAGGUAAAUAAACAGAUAAAAAGUGGAGUUUAAAAGGUAAUAAUUGUUCAGGGGCGCUUUUAUGAUGAGUUAAUAUUUACACAAUCUCUCUGUCUUUAUUAGUUUGAUUUGCAUAAGAACAGAUAUUUCUCUGUGCUGAUUAUUGGUGCUGUAUCGUCCUGAUGAGAGAAUUUUGCCAGUUGCGUCUAUUUCUGGCCUCCCCUAGCUAGUUUCCCGCCUGGCUGACGUCAUCAGAAAGUUAUUUUCAUGAAUGGAGGGGGCGGUCACGAGGAGCCGGUGACGCGCAUGCUUGCGGAAGCACCGAGUGGAAUGUCGAUACAUUGUUGUUGUUGUUGUGUUCGUGGCUGAGGACUGAAGCUGAAGCUGAGACUCAGACUCACUUAGUUCACGCUCACCGCUUGGGUCCGACGGCGGCAGCGCGCGCAUCCCGACCAGCACGACGAGACCAGGAGCCUCCGACUUGCUCAAACGUACUCUCAGGAUAUUCCUCCUCACAGGCUCGCGAAGAUUCCCGGCGGAAAUUCCGCGUCCACAAGACUUUCAGGGUAUGACGACUCAUUUUAAACCAAGCAAAGCAGUAAAGGUGAAGAAGGAGGGUGAGAAUGCGCCAGCGCUGAGUGACGACGAGCUGGUGGCCAUGUCAGUGCGCGAGCUGAAUCAGCACCUGCGUGGCCUCACCAAGGAGGACGUGGUGCGGCUGAAGCAGCGGCGGCGCACGCUCAAGAACCGCGGCUAUGCCGCGAGCUGCCGCAUCAAACGCGUCACGCAAAAAGAGGAGCUCGAGCGCCAGAAGUGCCAGCUGCAGCACGAGGUGGACAAGCUGGCCCGUGAGAACGCCAGCAUGCGCCUGGAGCUGGAUGCGCUUCGUGCCAAGUAUGAAGCUCUGCAGUGUUUCGCCCGGACCGUGGCAUGCGGCCCUCUCACACCUGCCAAGGUGGCCACCACCUCCGUCAUCACCAUCGUCAAGUCUGCCAAUCACGGCUCUCCGACUCCGCCAUGCUCUGCCCCGUCAUAGGAAAGAGUGAAGAGUUCCUCCUUCUAGUCCAAACUGGUUCCAAAACUUUCCCAGCCUACUUCUAGUAAUCAGACUGAAGGGGGUGGGAUGGGGAGGCAGACUGCCAUUUUACUAUAACUUCUCUCUGUCUUUUUAUUUUUUAUCUGUUUCUCUCGCACACUCAAACUCCCACUCAUAUCCAAACAAAACCGCCUACGUUGUCUGUGCACUGUGCUCUAAUGCUCCGGCACCGGCAGGGCACACUGGCCUUCUCAUCUUUUCUCCCCGACCCACACUGAGAUUUAGCGGAGACGAUACUUGCAAACAUGGGGAUUAAGUACUUGAUUGAACCUGCCAUGGCAGUCUGUGAAUGCGCUGAUGCCUGUGGUAUCUUUUUUUUUUUUUUUUUUUACAUCAGAAAGUCAAAUCAUCUAACACCAUUUAUUCCACCAUCUAUUCAUGUAACUGUGCAUGUUUGUGUAGGAAAUUUCUUUGCUUACACUUGCAACAGUACAGUAUAUAUGACCAGCUUUAAAUCUUGAGCUUUUUCUAGCCGUAUAUGGAUUAUGCUACUGCAAUAUGGGAUUUCAGAUGUAAAAUAAGGGGCCGUGGUUGAAAUCCGGUUUCAAAGAAACCGGUAGGAGACCAGAGAAGUCCUGAAGACACGUGAUUGAGUUUUAAGAAUAUUUUUCUUUACCUACACAUUCUUCUUUUCAUCUACAUUCUCACAAAUGGAGACAAUGAGGGAACAAGCUGUUGGGAAAGAAAACAGCGAGUAACUUUAACUCAGCAAUUUCAGCGUAUUUGAUUAGCACUUAUACUUUCACUUUUAAAUUACAAUAAGAUGAUAAAAGCACUUACCAUUUACACAUAGGACUAUAUCAGGACGAAGAUUUUUUUAUAUUUUUUUAGGGGAAAAGGCACUUGUCAGUUCUAUUGACUGCUAUUACACAGUAUAGUCAUAAGAAAACCCCUUCAUUAACAUCUAAUAAUAAUAUAAUAAAUAUGCAGGUUUUUUUUAAGAUAUGCACCAGCUAUCCUGUACUUGUUUUUUUUUUCUCCUCGUCAGCGCCAUAACGAAUGGAAGGUAAUCCAUAUUGGAUAUAGAGACGUGAGCUGUGUUGGCAGAAGUAACGCAAGUCCAUUAUUACCUGUAUAUUACAGAUUCGCUAUAGCCUCACGAACGACAAGGAAAAAAAAACAACCAGUGAAGUGAAGAUCUUCAUUUCACAUUGAGGAUUCCGUCCAUUUAGAAAGCAUUCCUACUGCCAGGUCACACGAGGUGGCACUGCGCUGCCGGUGUUGGUAACCCUGAUUUUUAUGAAUCGCAAGUAAUUCGAGACAAGCCAUUGGGUAAAGAUGAUCUUGAUGUUUAUGACGUGACAGCAUGUUUUUUUUUGUUUUUUUUUGGAAAGAGUAAUAGGGUAAUGUGAAACUUUACGUGUAAACACUUGUUCAGUUGAUUUGAUUUCUUUGAAAAACGACCACCUGUGACUUGCACGUGCAAUCAGGAUUAUCUCUUACCCAAGUGACUAUGACUGUUCCUUCUUCCCUGGCGAGGCUGUUAGGGGAAAUAAAAAAAACUGUGCUGCUGUGUAGGCUGCUGUUAGCCCUGGCUCUGUGGCCUACUGCUGUGCUUUUGGCAUACUUCUUAUUUUGUAUCUCUUUUAAAUGUUUUCUGUGUCCCAUUUUUUUUUCCAUAUCUAAAUGUUUCGAUUUAUUGUUCUGUUGUUUCAGCUAAUUUUUAAUCUUUGUACAGUUUAGGUCAUGACCCGCAUAUCUUGGGAUUAGUAUGAAGUUCAGAGAUUGACUUU